GAUUGACUCUGUUGAUUGCUGGAAGUUACACAGGUGACUCCCCACCCUCUCGGGCUACCCCACCAGUGACAACACAGGCAGGGGUGACCUGGCUUCCUUUCUGGGUGGUGUUACCGGGUAGCUGCCUGCUCAGAACCCACAAAGCCUGCCCCUCAUCCCAGGCAGAGAGCAACCCAGCUCUUUCCCCAGACAGAGAGAGCUGGUGUGGCCUGCUGUCCCCGGGAGAGUUGCACCACCUUCCACGGAGCAGCCUUGCAUCUGACUGACGCACCAUGACACCCACAGACUUCACAAGCCCUAUUCCUAACAUGGCUGAUGACUAUGGCUCUGAAUCCACCUCUUCCAUGGAAGACUACGUUAACUUCAACUUCACUGACUUCUACUGUGAGAAAAACAAUGUCAGACAGUUUGCGAGCCAUUUCCUCCCGCCCUUGUACUGGCUCGUGUUCAUCGUGGGUGCCUUGGGCAACAGUCUGGUCAUCCUGGUCUACUGGUACUGCACAAGAGUGAAGACCAUGACCGACAUGUUCCUUUUGAAUUUGGCAAUUGCUGACCUCCUCUUUCUUGUCACUCUUCCCUUCUGGGCCAUUGCCACUGCUGACCAGUGGAAAUUCCAGACCUUCAUGUGCAAGGUGGUCAACAGCAUGUACAAGAUGAACUUCUACAGCUGCGUGUUGCUGAUCAUGUGCAUCAGCGUGGACAGGUACAUCGCUAUUGCCCAGGCCAUGAGAGCACACACUUGGAGGGAGAAAAGGCUUCUGUACAGCAAAAUGGUUUGCUUUACCAUCUGGGUAUUGGCAGCUGCGCUCUGCAUCCCAGAAAUCUUAUACAGCCAAAUCAAGGAGGAAUCUGGCAUUGCUGUCUGCACCAUGGUUUACCCUAGCGAUGAGAGCACCAAACUGAAGUCAGCUGUCUUGACCCUGAAGGUCAUUCUGGGGUUCUUCCUCCCCUUCGUGGUCAUGGCUUGCUGUUACACCAUCAUUAUUCACACCCUGAUACAAGCCAAGAAGUCGUCCAAGCACAAGGCCCUAAAAGUGACCAUCACUGUCCUGACCGUCUUUGUCUUGUCUCAGUUUCCCUAUAACUGCAUUUUGUUGGUGCAGACCAUUGACGCCUAUGUCAUGUUCAUCUCCAGCUGUGCCGUUUCCACCAACAUUGACAUCUGCUUCCAGGUGACCCAGACCAUCGCCUUCCUCCACAGUUGCCUGAACCCUGUUCUCUAUGUUUUUGUGGGUGAGAGAUUCCGUCGGGAUCUUGUGAAAACCCUGAAGAACUUGGGUUGCAUCAGCCAGGCCCAGUGGGUUUCAUUUACAAGGAGAGAGGGAAGCUUGAAGCUGUCGUCUAUGUUGCUGGAGACAACAUCAGGAGCACUCUCCCUCUGAGGGGUCUUCUCUGAGGUGCCUGGUUCUUUUGGAAGAAAUGAGAAAUACAGAAACAGUUUCCCCACUGAUGGGACCAGAGAGAGUGAAAGACAAAAGAAAACUCAAAAAGGGAUGAAUCUGUACAAUAUGAUUACUUGUAGUCAGAAUUUGCCAAAGCAAAUAUUUCAAAAUUGACUGACUAGUCAAGGAGGGUGUUGAUUGGCUCUUGACUGUGAUGCCUGCGAUUCUCAAAGGAGGACUAAGGACCAGCACUGUGGAGCACCCUGGCUUUGCCACUCGCCGGAGCAUCAAUGUCGCUGCCUCUGGAGGAGGCCUUGGAUUUUCUCCAUCCACUGUGAACUUCUGUGGCUUCAGUCCUCAUGCUGCCUCUUCCAAAAGGGGACACAGAAGCAUUGGCUGCUGCUACAGACUGCAAAAGCAGAAGGUUUCCUGAAAAUGUCCAUCUCUGGGAAAUUUUCUACCCUGCUCUUGAGCCUGAUAACCCAUGCCAGGUCUUAUAGAUUCCUGAUCUAGAACCUUUCCAGGCAAUCUCACACCUAAUUUCCUUGUGUUCUCCUUGUUCUGUUCUGGGCCAGUGAAGGUCCUUGUUCUGAUUUUGAAACGAUCUGCAGGUCUGGCCAGUGAACCCCUGGACAACUGGCCCCACCCACAAGAUAUCCAAAGUCUGUUGUCCUGCUGGAGGUUUUGCCCUAGACAAGGAUUGCACUUAUUCCUUGGUAUGGUGACAGUGUCCCUCCAUGGCCUGAGCAGGGAGAUUAUAACAGCUGGGUUCGCAGGAGCCAGCCUUGGCCCUGUUGUAGGCUUGUUCUGUUGAGUGGCACUUGCUGUGGGUCCACCGUCUGCUCCCUAGAAAAUGGGCUGGUUUUCUUGGCCCUCUUCUUCCUGAGGCCCACUUUAUUCAGAGGAAUAAAGUGAGCAGAUACGGGCAGCAGCCAGGGAGGGCAAAGGGGUGAAGCGCAGGCCUUGCUAGAGGGCUAUUUACUUCCAUGCUUCUUCUUUUCUUACUCUAUAGUGGCAACAUUUUAAAAGCUUUUAACUUAGAGAUUAGGCUGAAAAAAAUAAUAGAAUUCACCUUUGAAUCUUUUGUGUCUUUCUUUUCACAAUUUGGCAAAAUGUAUCACCUUUGAAAAUGUUUAGCAUAUUAGAAAAGUGCUUUUUAAUGUGUAUAUGAAACAUUAAUUACUUGUCACUUUCUUUACCCUGUCUCAAUAUUUUAAGUGUGUGCAAUUAAAGAUCAAAUAGAUAUAUUAA